AUGGCAAAUGUAGCAGCAACUCUUUCAUCUUCUUCACCAGUUCGCUCUAGAAAACAAGCUGCUACAUCUUCAAAUUCAGGGGCGAAUGCUUCCCUCAAUAUAAGUAACCUCAGUUCCAGUAGUAAUUCAACAAGUGUUUAUAGAACACACGAAUAUACGGAUCAAGCUCGACAUAUUAGCUUGAGUCCCUUCAUUUCUCUUCCUCAUUUAAAUCCGGAUAAUUCAAAUCCAAGUCAUACAUCGACAAAAUCAGCAACAGCUACCCAUAGUCCUGAGGCAAACAGAAUUAAGGUGGGAAUGGCUAAAUUAUUGGGAUCAUUUGAUUUGUUGGAACAAGUGGAGAUGGAAAAGAGAGAUUGGAAAGAUGCCAUCAAAUCAUUACAUAAGAGAGGAGAACUACGUACCACCUAUGACAUGUCUCUACUGCUGACAUUAGCAGGGAGAUUGAAAGUAUUUUCUGAUCCAUCAAUUCGGUUUUCAAAUGAGGAAUUGGAGGAAGCCCUUAGGUUUGCAUCAAUGGAAACUGUAAAGGUUAAUGAUGUUGUAUGUGAAGUGGAUUAUCCAACAAAGAAGCCACAGUAUUUUUAUGUGGUCCUUAAAGGAAGUAUUUCGUUAACAUCCUCUCCCUAUCCUGCCUCUUAUAAAGUGGGAAAGAGAGGUAGCAGUUUUAGAAGUAACUCUGAUUAUACAUCAGCAUCACCAAGAUCAAAUUUUUCAUACAAGAAUAUUUGUAGUUUCUUCUCAGGAGAUGCUUUUGGAGGUGAUUUAUGUAAUGAUGAAUAUUCAAAGGAAGGAUUAUGGAAAUGGGUUGCAAAUGAGGAAAGUGAUAUAUUAAGGAUACCUACGGAAGUUUACAAUAACGCUAUCAAACCAAAAUAUGAAAAGGAACUUAAAUCAAGAGUUUCCUUUUUGAAGAAUUUGGUUGUACCAUUGUUUGGUUAUUACAAGCCAUCAAUGCUUUAUGAAUUGGCAAAAUCAUUCUUUGUUCAACAUUUACCAUCCAGGCACACAAUAAUCAAACAAGGAAGACCCGGAAAUAUGAUGUAUUUUAUCAAAUCAGGAGAAGUUGCUGUUCUAAGGAGACUUAAAUUCCAAGACACAGUGGGUGUUAAAACUACUGAGUUUGUUAGAUUUGUGGAGCUGUCAAGAUUAAAGCAAAAAGAAUAUUUUGGAGAGCGAGUUCUCUUGGCAUGUGUAAACGAAAACCUAAAUGAGUCAAAAACUGACAUUAGUAUUUCAAAUAAUUACUGCUCAAGACUAGCCUCAAUUUAUACAACCACAGAGACUAUUCUGUAUUGUAUCAAUAGAACCAGUUUUUCAAAUUUUUUCAAUAAGGAUGCCAUAACUAAAAUGCAAAAGUAUGCCGAUACCUAUCCAAGAGAGAAGGAAAUUAGAAAAGUAUUUGCAGGUCAACAGGAGUGGCAAAAGUAUAAAUCGAAAUUAAUGAGAGAAAUAAUCGAGAAACCGAAACCAGACGAAAUACUCUCACCAAGAAAUAAAAUGUAA